AUGGCAGACAGAGGGAGAGGGAGUCUGGCUUUCACACUAACAGUGUGUGUGGCCAGUUUUUUGGUGGUCCAGGCAGACACAAUGAUACCCGUCCCUGCAGAGCAGCUGUUUGUGUAUGAGCUGCAAAGAGAGAACUUCCAGAAUGAGUUUGCCCCAUUUCUCAAGCAUUAUGGGCAGAUCUAUAACGACCCCAUGGUGUUUAAGUGCAAUAAAGAAUUCUUCCCAGAUCUGCCUCGCUGGCUCCGCUUUACUCAGAGACACCCAUAUGAUAAUGGCUAUCUGUAUGGGACACCACUACAGCAGGACCUGGGAAAGAAUAUCAUAGAGAUCUUUGUAACCAAUAAACGGAGUUAUGACACCUUCAGGGAGAGGCUGGUGUUAAAUGUGGUGCCUGCAGUGAACUCAAUGCCAUAUCAGGCUGAGUUCUUCAUUCCUCUGCGGGAGAUUGAAAAGGUGCUGCCCUCUACUGUUCAGGAGGAAAUAAAAAAGGACAUCCAGGUAGCAUGGAAAACAGAGAGGCUACACUUUGUGAAUAUCACCUCUGCUCUGGAUCGAGGUGGUCGUGUGCCUCUCCCAUUGGCAGGACACUAUGAGGGUGUAUAUGUUAAACUGGGUUCUGACCAGUACUACUCAGACUGUCUGUUGAGGCUGCAGACACCAGAGCACCACAGAGAAUGUGAAGCAGGUGGGAAGACAUGGAAGAUUCCUGGAGACUGCAUUGCUUGUACUUACCCCAGCAACUGUGUGAGCUGGUGCAAGUCUGUCCUGAUUGAUCUGUCCCAGGUUACACCUCCUCCCCCUGACCCCACUAUGGGUACAGGUAUCUUGGAGGAUGGGGGGGAAUUUAACCCUCCUGAAUCCCCACCCCCACGGGAUUUUUUCCCAGACUACAUUGUCACAGUGAUCAUCCCCUUGGUUUUGGCCCUAGUCCUCAGCCUCAUCCUGGCCUACAUCAUGUGUUGCAGGAGAGAGGGAGUUGAGAAACGGAACGCAAGGACUGCAGAUAUCCAGCUGUACCAUCAUCACACCAUCCAUGGUAACACCGAUGAGUUGCGGACCAUGGCAGGGAGUCGUACUGAUGUAGCACAACCCCUCUCCACUUUGCCAAUGUUCAACGCCCGCACGGGUGAGAGGGCGCCGCCCCUUCAAAGCCCCUACCCAUCUGACAGUGUCAGCGUGCCCCUCAUCAUGGCUCAACAGGAGCCAAAUGUUGACACUCUUCCCAGGUAA